AUGCGUCUCCGAGGGUCGGUACGGGAAAUCACGUCGGACGAUGUGCGGAUAUCGGCACUUUCACACAGCAUCAGAGGCGUCUCGGAUUCUCGAAUCGGCAAAUGUCGUCGAACGUUGGGCGGAUAUCGGCAUUUCCGGAUCGCAUCAGAAGGGUCUCCGAGGGUCGGUACGGGAAAUCACCUCGAACGAUGUGCGGAUAUCGGCACUUUCACACAGCAUCAGAGGCGUCUCGGAUUCUCGAAUCGGCAAAUCACGUCGAACGAUNUGCGGAUAUCGGCACUUUCAGACCGCAUCAGAGGCGCCUCGGAUGCUCGAAUCGGCAAAUCACGUUGA